GACAACGAAGAUGUUUCUCAACUACUAUCCAGUCAAAAUGUCGACCAAGAAGCUCUAUGUCGUUAUGCAAUCGCUGCCGCCGACUUCGCUACCAAUGGAAAGCUUCCCUCUCUCAACUUUGCCAAGAAUCACCGAGGUGAAGAGGACAUUGCCAUGUUCGACUUUACAAGUCUUUACUCAUCAAAAUGUUCUGUUCGAUUGGUGGAAAGAAUGAACAAAUAUCUUCUAAUGGGCAUUGUUGGAGAUUCAUUGCAUGAGGUUAGCUUUUAA